UCUCUCAGCACCCUGCCCAGCAAUGAAUCCAGACACACCAAUAAUUACAGGAGGCCUGUCGGAGGCCAGACCCGUCACACCAGAAAUCCAGGAGGUUGCUGACAAGGUCAGAGCACAGAUUGAAGAGGAAACCAAUGAGAAAUAUGACAAAUUCAAAGCCGUCGAGUAUAAAUCUCAAACCGUCGCUGGACAAAAUUUGUUCAUUAAGGUGGAUGUAGGGCGUGGUUGUUUCCUUCACAUAAAAGUCUUCAGAGGCUUUUCUGGGAAAGAGGACUUGGAACUUUUGGGUUACGAGACUAACAAAACCAAGAAUGAUGAGCUGACCUCCUUCUAAGCAGCAAAUUCUAAAGUGGCCUGAUACCUAUAAUUGUAAAGAGAUGCGGCUGUCAAUAAAGAAACAUUCUUCAAAUAA